AGAAAGCAUAAAUACAGCCGUUGUCUUUGACACAACGUUAUAUUUUUAAAAUAGAGAAGUUCGUCCCUGGAUCCACAGCUCAUCAGAUGAAACACAUUAUUUGACUGAAAGUUUGACAGAUGAAGGUCAAUCAGAGUCUGAUGGCGGCUCUGACUGAGAACAUGCUGAUCGUCAACAUGUUACUGAGUGUCUUCUUUCUUCCAGGUGCUUUGACUGAUUACUGUGGUGUUAAUAUACCUGCUCUCAAUAUCACUACACCAAAUAACAUGGAAGCUCUGACUGGAUCUUGUUUGCAAAUCCCAUGUACCUAUAACACAGAUCAUCCUACAUAUAACAGCAGUAAAACUAUCUAUGGAGUUUGGAUGAAAGGUGGUGUAAAUCUUUUGUCCAUUCCGAGCUUUGUUAUUUUCAACAGCAGUGGGUCAAUUAACACCUAUUCACUGAAUAUUACUGGAAACCUGAAAGAGAAAAACUGCACCACUCUGUUUCCCAAUCUAACAACAAGUCACACAGACAAAUACUUCUUCAGAGUUGAGAACGUUGUCUACAGGGCAACAGCUUGUGCUGAUCCUCUUCAAAUAACAGUUAAAGAUUCUCCUUGGAGUCCCAGCAUUAAUCUUCCCUCUGACCUGAAGGAGCAUCAGUCUGUCACUGUAACCUGCUCAGCUUUCACUCCCUGUCCACAAUCACCUCCUGAACUCACCUGGAAUCUCCAACAAGACUCUCUCAGACAAACAGAGGAAAACACAAAUGGAACCUUUACAACUAAAAUCCAGGAGAACAUCACUCUGUCAGACACACAUGAUGGAUACAACAUCAGCUGUUCUGCCAGAUAUCCUGUGAUUGGAGGAAACAAGACAGCAGAGACAGAAGUGACUCUCAAUGUUUCAUGCAAGUGA